AUGACAUUGUUGCCUAAGCAAUCUAUUGCGUCUUCCCCAUGGAUAUCUCUGAAUGUCGAACCAAAUGAAUUGAAGCUUGAAGUUUUGGAUGCCGGCCAAUCGUUUGUAUGGAGGAAGACGAAUGAAUCUGAAUGGUCUGCUGUCUUGUCAUCGAAACUGGUUUCGCUCAAGCAGACAGAAAGCGAUGUCUUGUUUCGGGUAUACCAGCCCGGCGUAGAAGAGGCUGUACGCAAGGAGCUUUCGGAUUACUUCCAACUGAAUGAAAACUUGGUCGCACUGUACAAAAGAUGGGAGCUCGAUGACAAUUUCAAAAGGAAGGCUUCCUCGUUUCCGGGAAUACGAGUAUUGAGACAGGACCCGAUUGAGAACGUGUUUUCCUUCAUCUGCACCUCCAACAAUCACAUAUCUCGAAUCACCAUGAUGAUUGAUCGCCUAUGUGAGAAAUUCGGAACAUACGUGGGCAGUUUGCCGUAUCAUCCACCAAUAGACGACAAGUUACGGUCGUUCUAUACAUUUCCAACCUUGUCAGCUCUAGCAGCUGAUGGAAUGGAAGGAAGCUUAAGAGAUCUGGGCUUUGGAUACCGAGGAAAAUAUGUUGAACAUGCCGCCAAGAAGGCUUUAGAACGUGGUGGUGAAACAUGGCUGAAGUCGCUGAGGGACGUGUCAUAUCAAGAAGCAAAGAAGGCUCUACUGGAACUUGAUGGAGUCGGACCCAAAGUCGCUGAUUGUGUUUGUUUGAUGAGUUUGGACAAACGUGGAGCCAUACCCGUUGAUACACACGUCUGGCAGAUUGCCAAACGCGACUACAAAUUGAGUGGAAUAACCACCAAAACUCUUACUGCCAAAGCAUACGAUAUAAUUGGGGAUCGUUUUCGCGAGAUAUUUGGAUGUCAUGCUGGAUGGGCGCACUCAGUGUUGUUUACUGCUGAUUUGAGGCAAUUCUCCAAGGCUUCUCCAGGCAAGAAAAGAAAAGAAGCUGAAAUUGAUGAUGAAGAGCUGGAAAUAGUGACAAAUGAAGCUCCAUUUGAGGAACCAGAGUCGAAUUUCGAAAGUGCUGCCGAGAGAGCCAAAAUGAGGAGGAGAAUCCGUAAGUGA